ACUGCUUCAACCACAACUAGUACUGCUCCAACUACAACGACUCCAACAACAACUACCGCUCCAACUACAACUACUCUUGCACCAACCACUGCAACGACUGCCUCAACCACUACAACUCACUGCUUCAACGACAACUAG